AUGUUAAGAUUAUCACGAAACCUGUCUGCACGCAAUCCGAUUACUGUGCAUUGUUCGGCAGGUAUUGGACGAAGUGCAACGUUUAUUGCCAUCGAUUACGCAUCACUGAAGAUUCGGGAGAAGUCGGACGCUUCAAUGGUGGACGUCGUCAGAGACAUGCGAAAUCAACGAUAUCAAGCCAUUCAGUCAGCCAUUCAAUACGUCUUCCUUCACAUCUGCGUACUGGAAAUAUUCGCCAGUGACAAUGCCAUUCCAAGAGAUACGAAAUUUACCGAAUACAUGGAUAGCUAUGUGUCAAUGAUCAAGCGUUAUAACAAGAAAGUGGAAGCAAAACAACGCGAACGGGAGAAGUCUGAAGAGAAAUAA